AUGUCCAAGAAGCUCUCUCGACAAGGCCGUUCAAGCAUCGCGAAGGAGGCUUCCAGGAACGAACGUCCACCUGCCGCCGCCAGUGACGUCGAGCCGACCGGCGCUAGUCACUCGUUCGACCGGGACUUGGAAAAGACUUCGCGGUCGGGCGACUCCCUCCGGGCAGCGGAGGAGGCCACAAAACCACCGCGACAUCGCCGAAGGCAGUCGAGCACGGUUGCCGCCCCGGAUAAGCCAAACGAAGCGAACGACCUGUCCUCGGCGUAUCGAAGUCGCGGCGCCGUUCGGAGGCAGCAGCGCACGUCGGGAGUUAUCCCUCCGUACUCGUCCAGCGAUCGGGAACUCGUGACGGCACCGUUCGUCGCCGUCACCGCUACCGAUGCCACUGCUGGCGUUCCCGAGCAGCCUGGUGAACCGAGACGGACAGGUGCAGGCCACGCGAUCUGUAGUGGAACACCGAGCGAAGCGUCACACAUGCCGAAGACGCUCAAGGAAGAACCGGCCCUGCUUACAUCGGACCUGGACAAAGCCAUGGACGCCCCAGAGAUGCCCGGUGAGGGAAGGCGAACCGGAGGCACCGACGGAAAACCGCUCGACGAGGGCCCGGUGCGAGCUCCCGACAACCCCAGUGCCGUCGCCGUGACGAGGGACACUGCUCCGUCCACCUCGAAGGAACCAGGGAGUACCGCGAGGACGCCAGUGAGGCAGGCCGCCGCCGCCGCUGAGUCUCGGCGCUCCGCAUUUACCCGUUCCACACUGCGGUUCACUUCGGGACGUCGCAGACAGGGCACCGGCAGAGGCAUGCCUACGGGAGAGCAGCCCCGACUCGAAGACCUGCUGCAAGUGUCUCCCAAGAAGGAGAAAGUGACCGUCACACACCCGCGGUUUCACCGAAGAGCAUUCAUUGGAGCAGCUGCACUCCUGGCGGUCCUUCUGGCACUGGUGCUGUUCGCUUUGUACCAGGGUCUCAACGCAAACGGCCGAGUGGCUUACUUGUGCGGCACGCCAGACUGUAUAGAACAUGUCCAUGCGCUGGGCAUCGACACCGGCCGCAAUUCAUCUCCUUGCCAAAGCUUCGGUUGUUUCGUGUGCUCCGGCUGGUCGAACGACUUUCGGCACGUCAAUGGCUCGGUCACGGACCAAGCCAUUCUGCAGUGGUUCGCGUCCGUCGUUAAGUUGAGCUUCGGUGACUUCGACCGGCACGCGGUGAUCAACAGGCCUCUCAGCAUGAUGCGCCGGUGCAUGUCGAGCACCACCGACGAAGAGAACGCCGUGAGAAUGCUGACGGCUUUUGUAAGUGAACGAAGCUUCGCGUGGCCCACGCCUGGGGAGCCAGAGAAAAUCGUUGACAACGGCAAAGCCCUGGCAGUCGUCCUGGAGCUCUCCGUCGUCUGGGCGCUACCGCUGUGGUUCCACGUCCACUUGCUCCCGGCAGCACCUUCGGCGCGUCUUCAGCGAGAUAGAGCCGUCUUGCUAAGACCGUCCACACCGUCACUUCUUGGACGUUUCGCGCACGAGACGUUAUCUAAGUACCAGGACGGCUAUUCCUUGUACACGUACUUUUUAAUGGACACGCUGUUCACGCUCAGACCUCCGUCUGAGUCCUUCAAGACCUUCUUGACGACGAGGAGUGGCGUCGUGCAGGGACAGAUAUUUCACGAGCUGGCCUCUGCGAUCAAUGAUCGGCUCCCUCAGCCAAUGCUUGUGCAGAUCGGAAGCUUGCCGAAGCUCGUCAGAAAUCUGAGCGCGAAGGACUGGGUCAGAGCGCUUCGAUCCGUAUACGGCACUCGCGCGCAGGACAUCACCGAGAACGACCUUGUCUUGGCUACGAACAACGAGCUCAUCAAAGCCGUAGACUCCGCAUUCGCCUCGCACACCGCGCAAGAGAUCUUCUUCCACACUGUAUGGUGGUUUGUGCAAGCCUUGGGCACCACCGUCAGCACUGUACUGCGGUCCUCCGUGAACAACAUUCCGGAAGGUGCGUACUUUCAGCGUCUCAUAUGCUUCUACCACGUGGACACUGUCUUCAACGCCCUUCUGGCAUCCAUCAACAAGGCGAUGUUAUCGACGGAAUCACGACUCGCCAUCACCACUCGACUAGAACACAUCCGAUCUGUCGUGGUCGAGAAACUGCGCGCGUAUUCCAAGCUCAACGCCGAGACGAGACGAGCACUCUCCGCUAUUGUGGAAAGUAUGUCCACUGUCAUCUGGCCCGAGGACGACUUUGGAAGACCGGGCGGAUUCGAGGAGUACUUUGGCAAGCCGUACAAUGGGAGCGACGACGGCUUUUACGCCGAAUGGGAAUGGAGCCGCUUGCAGAUAUACAACAGGGAUAAGCAAGCAGCAGUGGCCAUCGGGGACUACGUCGCUGCUUCGGAAGUAUUCGCGUUUGCUGGGAGUGCUGUGACCCACUACAAUCCCGUGCUGAACGUGAUUUCCAUCUCCGUUGCUGCCCUUAGACCUCCGUUUUACUAUGGCGAGGCGACGAGCGCGAUGUUCUACGGCGGGCUCGGCUUUAUCUAUGCGGAAGGAAUCUUCAGGGCUGUCGACAUGCUGGCGCACCUAUUGAACGGAGACAACAUGAUGGCACCAUCGGAGUCUGCUGCCACGUCGUCCUUCUGGAAUGCCUCGUGGUGUUCCGAUGUCCGGGAUGCCGAGAGAACGUUUCCGUGGCUUCCCGCGUUGGAUGCCGCCUACACGACCUAUUUGCGGUUCAAAGACGAGGCCUCCGACCUGCGCCUCAAAGGUUUGAGCGAAUACAGCCCAGCGCAAGUCUUUUUCGCCACCUUCUGCCACGGUAAUUGUUGGACGGACACAUCAAAGGCAAAGUUUUCGAGGACGUGCACUGACGCGACGAGAAAUUUUGGUCCCUUCAAAGAGGCAUUUUCCUGCGCCACCGAUGCAACGGACAACUGCGCGUACGUGUGA